AUGACAGCGGAUGAUGAAGUCCGCAAUAUUCAUUGGACAUUGGGAAAAAUACAUCAAGCAUUGCAUCAAACGGACAAAGAAUUUGAAAAGGCUCUUCCGCAAGUAAAUUAUCUUUCGGCGAAAUUGGAGCAAAUUAUCACAGAUAUAGCAAAUGAAACAAAUAAUAUUCGCAAUGUAAUUGUUAUGACUGUAUCAAAUUUCCCAAAUUACACCAUAUAUUUGCUCACACUAGUUAUCUUAGAAGUUAUGGCAGGUAUUAUUGCAGUUGCACUUAUCUAUUCCAUUAUCAUUUCAUUUCAUCAACUUUAUCACAAGCAGCUCAUGUCAUUUGAUAAGAAGAGAAAUGGAAAAUUAUUUCGAAAAAGUGAUAAAAAAGAUAUACAGAAAUAUGAUACUAAAGCUCUAAUCUAUUACAGUCCUUUGUUUACUUCAGCUGGUAUGCCAUAUAAUAAAAAUGAAAAAGAAUGCUGGAUUGAUAUGCAUAAUUUAGAUAAUCAAAGAUUACUUCAGCGCGAAAAAGUUUGA